AGUUUUUUAUUCUGCCUGUUGAGCGUGUUCCUCACAGCGCCGAAAAUGGAGGCGCAUAUUGCUGUCAGUAGAAAUCAACACUUUCCAGUGCAAUUAAGCGACCCUACUGACUCAGUUGAGCGCGCUCAUCGAGCCGGCGAUGCACUGCAAGUCAACCCAUUCACGCACAGGCCGUACUCCGAAAAGUACUUCGACAUUCUAAAAAAACGAAAGGAUCUUCCUGUGUGGCAGCAACAGAAAGAUUUCGUAAACAUACUCAAAAAAAGUCAGACUCUCAUUCUUGUGGGAGAAACAGGUUCCGGAAAGACAACACAAGUUCCCCAGUUUGUUGUUGAUGCAGGCUACACUGUGAAUGGUAAGCUCUGUGUCUGUACACAGCCUCGCCGAGUCGCGGCAAUGUCAGUUGCUCGUCGUGUUGCCGAAGAGAUGGAUGUCAGCAUCGGGCAUGAAGUUGGGUAUUCUAUUCGAUUUGAAGAGGUCACAGGGCCAAAAACUUUACUUAAAUACUCUACCGAUGGAAUGCUCCUUCGCGAGGCGAUGACGGACCCUUUACUCCGUCGUUACAGUGUUAUCAUAAUUGACGAGGCCCACGAGCGAACACUCGCUACAGACAUACUUUUUGGACUUCUCAAGGAAGUCCUUCUCAAACGAAGGGAUCUGAAAGUCGUGGUUAUGUCUGCUACACUUGAAGCUCAAAAAUUUCAAGGAUACUUCUUGGAUGCACCUUUGAUGCAGGUGCCGGGAAGACUACACCCAGUAGAGAUUUUUUACACCGAGAAUCCUGAGCGUGACUACUUAGAGGCUACAAUCCGCACGGCAGUUCAGAUUCAUGCAUGUGAGCCUCCUGGAGACAUUCUUGUAUUUCUUACAGGAGAGGAAGAGAUAGAGGAUGCCUGCAUGAAAAUUAAACGCGAGGUUUCAAACAUGGGGGACAGAGUUGGUGACAUCAUGGUCGUCCCGUUAUAUGCCAGUCUUCCCCCUCAGCAACAGCAACGUGUGUUUGAUGUUGCACCAUCAUCGCGUAAUACACGAACAAGCCGCAAAAUAGUUAUAUCAACCAAUAUCGCGGAGACCUCCCUCACUAUCGAUGGAGUUGUAUAUGUGAUUGACCCUGGGUUUGCCAAGCAAAAGGUUUACAAUCCACGCAUUCGGGUGGAGUCUCUUCUUGUGUCGCCAAUCAGUAGAGCAUCAGCACAUCAGCGAGCAGGCCGCGCCGGACGGACGUGCCCGGGAAAGUGUUUCCGCCUAUAUACAGAGACUUCCUUCAAACGUGACUUACAGGAGCAAACAUACCCCGAGAUACUGCGUUCGAAUCUUGGCUCCGUGGUUUUGCAACUAAAGAAGCUUGGGAUUGAUGACUUGCCCUAUGGCAAGGACCCCCCCGCCCCAGAAACUUUAAUGAGGGCACUAGAACUUCUGAACUAUCUUGACGCACUUGAUGACGAAGGAAAUCUUUCACAGGUGGGAUUUGUAAUGAGCGAGUUUCCUCUGGAUCCGCAGCUUUCAAAAAUGUUGUGUGCAUCACCUCAAUUCAACUGUAGCAACGAGAUACUGUCUAUCGUUUCGAUGCUAUCUGUGCCGAAUCCGUUUGUUCGUCCUCGGGACCAGCAGUUCGAGGCCGACGAAGCUAGGUCUCAAUUUUGCCACAUAGAUGGCGAUCAUCUCACUUUGCUUAAUGCGUACCAUGCUUUUAAACAGAAUGGCGGAGAUACAGGAUGGUGUCACAAGAAUUAUCUUAACAUGCGUUCAUUGAAAUCAGCUGAUAAUGUCCGAACUCAACUUGUCCGCCUUGUCUCUCGCCACAAUAUAGCGGUGGUAUCCUCAGACUUCACUAGCAAAGAUUAUUACCUUAACAUUCGAAAAGCAGUUUUGUCAGGAUAUUUCAUGCAAGUAGCACACCUCGAGCGAAGCGGGCAUUACCUUACUGUGAAAGAUAAUCAGUUGGUUUCAUUACACCCUUCAACUUGUUUACAGCAAAAACCAGAGUGGGUGCUCUACAAUGAAUUUGUGCUAACGACGAAAAAUUACAUCCGAGUUUGCACUGAGAUUAAGGGAAACUGGCUUUUAGAUAUCGCUUCUCAUUACUACGACUUAUCCAAUUUCCCAGAGUGCGAGGCCCGACGGGUUCUGGAGCGCCUGUGCUCUUGAAGGAACAUAUUUAGACAGAGUGUGGCUAGCAGAUUUUGAGUGUAUCGACGCGUCGCGGAAUUGCGAAUCAUUCUCACCGGCGACGGUGGCUUCAGUGACGAUCCCAUGAUGCCAGCGGCGCGAGAACGUGCUCGAAUCCCCCUUUCAAAAGCUCAAAGUUUAAUAAACAGAGCACGCGCGUACAGACUAUGAUGCUGUAUCACAUUCUGGAAAUUUGCAUUGAAUUAGGCCUUGUAGGUGAUAGGUGAAAGUAUGUACAUCUAAAAAAAAUACUUUUCUCUC